UAACCAAUAAUCGACUGGAAUUAUUAAAAGGAUAAAUCGAAAAAUAUUAUAAUGACUCGCCUACAAUUGAAUAACGUGUGAGUACAUUCGAUUCUCAAGGAAGCUUAAACUUCGACCGUGUGACUCCAAUUAUGAGAGAAAGGAUACAGAAGAAAGAUCAAAUACUCAUCGUGAAGCUGUAAGGCGAUUAUUCUCUCGCGAGUUCCCGGAAAGAUCGCGUGUGCUUUUAAAAACAAAAAUCAAUCAUUUUUUCACAAUCCAAUAGUCACAGUAAAAAUAAUUAAUGAAUUUGAAACGAAAGUGAUUAUCCAAUGCAAAAAUAACGAAGACAUUUUCCUUCAAAAAAAUUACAAAGAGAACAAAAUUAAUGCAAAAAUUAACGAAAGUGAAAAAAUCAACCAAGUGUUUAGGACGAAAAAUAUAAAAAAAAAGUUUCAAAGGGGAAAAUUAUUUAACACCGCAAAACGAUACAAACAAAAAUUACAAUGCAGAACAACAAAAAGUCCGUGAUAUUGAAGAGAUGCAACGUUGUCCUUAUCUUCACGAGAUGAAGGAGCGUUUGCUCUCGCAACCAACACCAACGGACAGUUUGGAUAUGGAACGUCUCGACGGAAGUGGCACUCCUGUUAAGGAAGCACACUUGCACAACGAUUAUCCAGCCCACACGAAUCCCGGCGUUAUCCCUGACCCACCAGAAAUGCCACCUGACUCAUUAAUCGGCACCGUUGUCAAGCUAAAUUCCGACGGUUAUGGUUCUCACACGUCACCGGCGCACGCCAGACAACCCCUAGUACCACAAAAUGCGAAUAACCAACCCCUUUGUUUUACGCCUACGCACACACUUCCCACAUCUGGCACAUUGCCAAAGAAUGCCAAAACGUCCCUUUUUAUCAUCAUGAGCUUUAUAUACGCAAAACUUUUAGUAGUUGUGUGCAUUGCCUACGUAAUAAGCGAUGUUGUCACUUACCGAAUACCAACGUAUUAUUAUGAAGGAUUCUUCACAUACCUUUAUGGAGUCAGCAUCCUCUUUCUGCUCUACGUGUUCUGCUUCCUUCUUCAGGAAAGUGCUUGCUGCUCCAGGGGUGUGGAAACACCUCCACCACCGCCAAGACCGCCAAAAGCAACUAAAGAAACAAAAGACAAAGAUAAGAAAAAGAAAGACAAAAAGGUCAAGGAGCAAAAAGGACAAAAGGACAAGAAAAAGAAGGAUCCUGAUGUGGAAGCUGCGGUGGUUACACGAAAGCGUAAAACCACACAGAAUGAUCAAAGUCACGGUAGCUUUUUCCUCAGGAUGGGCGCAAUUGCAUUCGGUUUGGGAACAAUGGUUUACAAUGGAUUGGAAUUUGGAACGUUCUUCGAAGUUUUACCAACUUCGCCAUGUUAUCAAAUUCUUAAGGGAGUGAAUCCCGUUCUACAGAUGAUUUUCACCUUCAUGCAAAUGUACUUCAUUUUCAUGAAUUCCAGGCUCAAUAUUCAUCGAUUUAAAGUAAUUGCACGUUUUGGACUCAUGCACGUUGUUGCGACAAAUGUCUGCGUUUGGAUACGAACCCUUGUUUUGGAGACUCUAAAGGAUAUCACAGUCUAUCACAAGAGUUUGGGCAGAAAAGAAAUUGGACUUUUGGCCAGCAUCAGCGAGCACACAAUAAGGAAUGCCGACGCAAUUCUCGGCAUUGAACCACGAGACAUGGCUCAACUGCGAAAAUUGUCCUAUUCAACGACCGUGAAACCACCGACAGCAAUCAGAGCCGUGAGAACAACUGUAUCGUCAUUGGGACGAGUUGCGAGAACAACGGCAAGAGCAGUGGCGCGUGCUGUAACAACGGCUACGACAACAACAACAACACCUUGGCGAACAUCGUCCACGGCAAAUCCAUCGACAACCACUACCAGCACAACAACAUCAACAACACCAUUCCCCACAACAACCACCCGAGAACCAACAACAGCUGCAACCACCUUAUCAACAUUACUGACAACCUUGACACCAGCUAAGAAUAACACUUGGAGGGAAACUACACCGUCAACCACGACAACAAGCACAAGCACUCUAUCAAGCACAACACUUUCUCAUUUAGUCCCUGGAUUAUUCGACUCAAUGCAGUCCAUCAAUAAGAAUAACAUUCCACAGGCUUACGAUGUCAAUCCAAGUCUUCCCAGUAAUUCGAGUAAUGAGACCACAUACUGGGGAUCGAAUUUUGGAAUUUAUGCCGAGGCACUAACUGCCAAUUUUUCGAAUAAAAAUGCUUGCGAACGUGUUAGCAUUAUGGGAACCACGGUUCAGGAUGCUGCGCCCUAUUUGUAUCCGUUUAUCAUUGAGUACAGUCUUAUUGGCGCCGCUGUCAUCUACGUUAUGUGGAAGCACAUCGGUCGUCAUCCACGUUGGCCACGACAGGCCGAAGCUGAUCUCGAACGUCGCUUGGAAGCAAUGCUCUCACGAAGGGCUGUUGCUCUUGCUCACGCAGAAGGAGAUGAACCACCAAGCGAUUGUGAAAUCGUUCCGUCCGUAAACGAGAGUGAAGAAACCAAUCGGACCACUACGGGGAAGCCUACUGUUCGGAAUGGACAUGGUCGAGUGGAUUGCGUUGGUGCCAGCAAGGGACUCUUCUUUGGAUUGCUACUCUUAGUGGGUUCAUUGAUCUGUCUGAUCUGCUUCUUUGUACUGAUUCGUAAUCCUGGAAUGGGACUGUUGGCAAUCUAUCUGGCAGACGCUUCGCAUUGUCUCUUAAUGGCACUCUCGAUUAUAGCUAUUAUCAUUGGAUUUAUUCGCGUGCAGAGUUUGAAAUUUAAAGCCGAGGAGCAGAGUGAUUUGAAUGAUAUUUUACUUCGAGUUUCAGCGUUCGGUCUCUUUAUUUACGCAGCAUUUAGCGUAAUAGCUGGCUCACUCUCUGCAUUCACUCAUGAACCAAAUCUCCUUGUAAUGAUAACUGGUCUUCUCGCUGUGGCACAGGUGGUACUUCAAAUGCUCUUCAUUUCCGACGUCUCACGUAGGAGAGUUCAUUUACCGGAGCACGACAGAAGCAAACCCGGUCGACAGAUUGUCACCUUCCUGUUGAUGUGCAACGUUACCAUGUGGGUCAUUUAUUCAUUCGAAGCGCAUAAAGUUAAUCUCAAUCCAGUUCAACUUGACUUCUAUGGCUAUCUUGCUUGGGCAAUUGUGCAGAGGGUCACAUUGCCACUCUGCAUUUUCCAUAGGUUCCACAGUGCUGUGACGCUUGCUGAAAUUUGGAAGACCAGUUACAAGGCACGUCUCGAGUAAACUACAAAAGAAAAGAACAACGACAUUGUGAUGAGAAUCAAUCGUUCGUUUAUUGAUAAAUACGAGUCACACUGGAUUCAUUCCAUGCGGGAAGAGUAGGAAAGAGAUUUCCAAAAAAAGAAAAAAAUUGAAAGAAAGAACGAAUUCGUUCUGAACUCGUUCAGAGUUUCAUUUUCGGAAAAGAAAUUUUUGUUGCGAAGGAGGAAAGUCUCGACUCGCUAAGCUACAACGAACGAAGAAGCCCUUGGAAAAUAAAGGGACUGAAAGUUUACGAUUACAUUUCAAAAUAUUCUUUCAGUCAGCGAGAUAACGGCUGAGCGCUUCCCCCAAAAAAAAAUAGUGAUUAAAACCAUCACUGAAGCAGAAAAAAAUGAAAAUUUCAAGGCGAUUACGGGUGAAAUAAUCCGAGUUUCAAACACUUUUAAAAAAAUAAAAGUAGCACUUGAGAGUAGCGCGCAUUUACUUUCACGCAAACAUCACUAGUAAAUUUUAUGCUAUUGUCGUGUUUUCUACUUUUAUACGAACCACGUCCUACAUCGAGAAAGACUGCAUUAAAGUCAUUACAGUCCUCGAUGAAAGGACGAGGCCAUCAUUUUUCUCUAAGUUUAUUCAAAAGAAAAAGAAUUUUGUGAUCACACCUUGCCGACUAAUGACAAGUUGUAUAAAAAAUAUGCAUUUAUGCGACCCCCAAAAAAAAUGAGUGAAUAUUACACUCCUUUAAAGUACAUUUUACUUUUUGUCCAGCAAUUCUGUGUUCACUGCGCAUCGCAAAGUACAAAAUUGUUUCUACUUUUCCAAAUACUUUAUCGCACUGUCUUACUUAAAAGUAGCAUCGCGUGACAAGAAAUUGAGAAUUGAAUUGGACGAGGAAAAAAAGAAGAAACAAUAAGAAGAGUUUAAAAACACAAAGAAGAGAAAUGGAACGAGAAAUAAGAAGUUUUAACGAAAAGUGUGUAUAGAGAAAUGUAGUUAUUUUUUUUAAAAGCACUGAUCGCGUAUAAAUCACCGAUAAAGAGACAGAAACCAAGUCAUUAAUUAAAGAAAAAAAAAGCUAACUAUGAAUAAUAGAUAUCGUUAAAUAUAGUAGGCAGAGGAAGUGCAACAGGUAGAUUCUAGAAUACGUUAGUUAAAAUACAUCGUUAGAUAUGAAUUUCAUCACUCAUGAAAAAAAAAUAAAAAAAAGAAACUAACUAUUGAUUAGUAUCUAAGGAUUUCAGUGAAAUCGAUCGUUCACAAUAAAAAUCGAUAUUUAAACUAUUUGUCCCAAAAGAAAAAAAAAUCCUUGCGAUUAAAAGGGACUAAAAAAGGCAAAUUUUUUGUGCACCCCUCCUUCUCAUCAACUGCGUAAUCUCCAUCCUCCAAUUAUGUACUUACAUAGCUUUCGAGUCUAAAUAUUUUAAUUAUUAGAUUUAUGACAGAGAAACGAGAAGUUAAUUAUUGAAUACGAAAUAAUUGCGCAAACAUCGCGGAAAAAAAUAUUAAAAAAUAUUACGAUGACAAGCGUAUUUACUAAAAUACGUAUAUCCGAAAUGACACUAUUGACAUAUAUAUAUAAUAUACGAUAUAAAUUAUAUAUAUAAAUAUAUAUAUUAUAAAUAUAGAUAUAUAAAUAUAUUAUGGAGACGAAUGAAUCUGAUUGAACGCGAUUUGAAUGCGAUGUAAAUAUCAAUAAUUUAAAAAAAAAGAAAAUACGGACAGAGCGUUUGUGAAAAUGAAAAACGUGCCAUUUUCUUUCUUCGAUAUUCUUUUCACCGACGCUCUGACGCCCGAGACUUGCGUGUAUCUUAGGGUGUUUAAAAAAAAGAAAAAUGCGAAUAUAAUGUUAUCAGUGGAAUGACAACGUAGAAAACUUAUAUAAUCCAUUUACCAAAAAAAAAAAAAGAAAGAAAGAUAAACACUGCCAUACCGGACCAAUUUCAAGAAGAAGAAAAAAUCAUUCACAAAAAGGGGAAAAGAACAUAAAAAAUUACCAAUAUCAACCCUGCAGUGAAAUCCGGUCGAGUCAUUAAAAAAAAAAAGAAGCACCUAUAAAUCCUUCCACGAUUCUCGCAAAUGUGAGACUUAUACGAGUGUGCGUGCAAAGUAUGAAUGCAAUCGAACGAAUGUGACGUUUUCAUUUGGCAACGACGUCUUUGUAAUAUGCCCGUAUCGUAUGAAAAGAUUCUUGUAUAAGUACACCGAUAUCUUAAAAAUAAUACAGUAGCCCUAAGCCUAGCAAAGCAAAGCCGCGGAUUCGCACACGAUUAAACAUAAUUAAUAAAAUCCAGAGAUGGGAUUUCAUAAUUUAAAAACAAAAAACACUAUAAAUUUCUACACCAUUU